GGGUGUGAGUGGGUAAAGAGGUCAAGCAAUAAUCUAUUUGGGAAUGGUCAUGUUUGUCUCUGUGCAUUUCAUUUCCCUCUUCUUUUAUAAAAGAGAAAACCCAAAAUUAUCCACCAAAUUUCUCUCUCUCUCUCUCUGCUGCUAUCAGUGAAAUGUUUGUUGUUGUUUUUGGCUUUCUCUAGGCAACAGUAUCUCCUCCUUAGUUGCCCCUUUCAAUCUGUAGAUUUUGCUUUUCCUUCUCCUUUCUCUUUUCCUUUGUUCUCUCUCUGUAAACGAACUUUAUCUUGAGGGUUUUUCUGACAUGGACGGAGGGACACAGUACAACCCACGAACAGUAGAAGAGGUUUUCAGGGACUUCAAGGGCCGUAGAGCUGGAAUGAUCAAAGCUCUCACCACUGAUGUGGAAGAGUUUUAUCAACAGUGCGAUCCUGAGAAGGAGAAUGUUUGCCUGUAUGGAUUGCCUAAUGAACAGUGGGAGGUCAAUUUACCUGCUGAAGAAGUGCCUCCAGAGCUCCCUGAGCCUGCAUUAGGUAUUAACUUUGCCAGAGAUGGGAUGCAAGAAAAAGACUGGCUUUCAUUAGUUGCUGUUCACAGCGAUGCAUGGUUAUUUGCUGUGGCAUUCUAUUUUGGUGCUAGAUUUGGCUUUGAUAAAGCUGACAGGAAACGUCUUUUCACUAUGAUAAAUGAUCUCCCGACGAUAUUUGAGGUUGUGACUGGGACUGUAAAGAAACAGUUGAAGGAGAAGUCAUCAGUCUCAAAUCAUAGCAGCAACAAGUCCAAGUCUGGCUUGAACGGGCAAGGAUCUGACACUGGCAAAUAUUUGAAGGGGCAGCCAAAGGAUGAUGAUGAAGGACUGGUUAAAGAAGAUGAAGAAGAGCACGGGGAUACCCUAUGUGGGGCAUGUGGAGAGAACUAUGCUGCAGACGAGUUCUGGAUUUGUUGUGACAUAUGCGAAAAAUGGUUCCACGGCAAGUGUGUGAAGAUCACUCCGGCCAGGGCUGAGCACAUUAAGCAAUACAAAUGCCCAUCUUGCAGCAACAAGAGAGCACGACCAUGAAAUUUAUGGGUGGGGUGAGCUGUCACCUGUGUACUUCCCUCGUGUUCAUGUCAUCUAAUUAUUUAGUUAGGUUUUCUAUGUUGUGCUAUGUUGGUGCAGUAUAUGUUUGGGAAUUGUUAGUUGUGUAUGUUAGCAUUUGGUAGUUUGCAUAAUCAGAUGCGUCUACUGCUUGAUUCUUAACAUGGAUAUACAUCAAUUCCACUGUGUAGGAAGUCAUUUUUCCUAUCAAACACAGAAUAUCCAAUUAUUCUCAUCUAAUAUCUGAUCUUGAUGUUUGAAGGCA